UUUGCCACUAGAUGGAGCUCAGUGUACAUGAGUGAACAAGUCCCAUAGAAGACAUUUUUAAAGAGCAAAAGCAGUUUUGAUUUGCAGUUCCUGAAUAUUUUACAAAAUUAUUAAGAUUGUGAACUUUGAUGCAAGCGUAACACCAGCUCUGGACAUUUAAUAUAAACAUAAUCAUUUUUAUUUUGAUAUAAUUUUACUGAUUGAAAAAUCACGCUGUUAAAAUGGACCAUGUGUCCAGACCAGCAUCAGACUUCAUGUAAAUGUCUCCCUCGUUAUUAUGGGAUGGGAGUGCUCUUCUUUGUGAGCCCAUAAAAAGGUGAGCAUGACCACCUCAUUACCUCAGCAAUAAAAGAAUACAGCCCACCGGUGCAGUGUAAGCAAUGUCAGUGUGCAGAGUCCAACGGCUCCACUGGCUCCUCUUGUGGGAGAUGAUUGUCAAAGUCUUCAGCUCCCAGUCCAGACCAGCAGCUGGUGUUCAGGGACCAUGACCUCGGGGAAGACGGUCAAGCUGGUCCUCUACGAGGUGCUGCAGUUUGCCGCCCUCGUCGUACCGAUCUUUGUGAUAAUGGAGAGGUUCGCCGGCCUCGUACGUGACGUGAAAGGUCGAGAUCUGACGGCCUACUGGCUCGUGGUGGCCGUCUCUCUGGCCUAUGUGACCUCUGCGACCCUGCUGGUGUGGGUUCCUCUCAAAUUUGUGAUUCUGAAGCGGCAAGGUUCCAUUCAACAGUGGAGGCCGACGGCACUGGCGUAUCUCAUCCUGUGCACAUUACCGUGCUUUGCUGUUUUAAUCGCCAGCUCCAAGGUGCAGGUGGACAGCGGACACAGACUGGACCAUUUCGCAGAGUUGCCCGUUUCCUUGGUGCUUUUCUCCCUCAUCUGUGUGGAUAUCACAGAGAGGCUUCGGCCCUGCAGGCUCCUCGGUCAAUCCGACAGCCUGGAUCCUGACUUUGACAUCCACGGCCCCGUCCUCACCCACCUGGAGCCGGUGCCCACCGUCUCGAGCCAGCUGCGCCCUGAUGAAGGCCAGAACGGUUUGACCCCAGGCUCUCCAGGGGCCAAAAACGGCAGCACGUCGGGCAGAUGGCGGCACUUUGCCGGCUCACCCACCCACUCAACUCCCAGCUCGCGAGCGCCCGGCACUGCCUACCUGUACUCCUCAUCCUCACGCCACAGGUCCUACUCGGGUAACCUCGGCUUCCUGUGGAGGAGGGACGGGAGGUCGGAGGUGUUUGUGGAUAGUUUCCUGUUCUGGUUGGACACUGUGGAGAUGAUGCGAGUAGCAGGAGAGCCCUCGAUCUUCUACUCAGCCUGGGUCUUCCCUAUCUAUAUUAUUAGCUUCCUGUCCACUCUUCGCAUGGUCAUCACUCCUAACAACCCGUUAUUGUCCUGUGCCGGAGUGGCUCUGCAGGACUUUCCUUUCUUCAUCGUCCGGGUCGCCCUGAUUGUUGUGUUUGGUUAUGUGACGCCUGUGUUGUACCCGCUGAAGAAUGCGCUGGUGAGCUUGACGUUUAUCUACUUUACAUUCUUGACCAGGCUGAGGAUAUUCAGGAGGCAGAGCAUGUUUUGAGGAGGAGUGCCGCAUUCUGUUGUCGAUGACAGAUUUGCUUUGAUUGCGGGUGCUUGAAAAGUUGGUAUAUUUAUGUGUUGGAGGCAGCACUGAGGGAAUCAUGGUGGUGGAUGAUGUGGAGCCCCCUGUGUUGAAUGGUAAUGUCUGUUAAUGAACUGAGAGGCCACGCAUCCAAAUAUCCCAAAUGUAAAGAUGAUUCUGUAGUGUGUAGGCUACAGUGUACAAUUGGAAUCCAAAUGUAUAUAUUUAAACUAAAUUGUAUGUUUUCCAGCUAUGUUUUUUUUAUUUGUAUCUUAUUUGUUAACAAACCACAAAAAAAACCUUGUAAACAAAACAAUACUCAAAAAAAAGGCUUUUAUUUGAA